UUCUUUUUUUCUUUUGGUUUAGUUGAUUAAUAAUCUCUCUCUCUCUCAUGUUCCACGGUAGGUAAAGUGUUAAUUCAUGCACACAGGGUCAUGGUAUUUGUUCAGAGAUCACAGUCCUCACACAGUUCAAUCAGAUCUCAGGAGUGUCCUGUCCUGUCCCGAGUGUCCCGGUCACGCCCUUAGCCUCCGUUAUUUUAAUGUCAUGCCACUUUUCCGUCACUAGGGAGAGAUGUGAACUCUCUCGCCCGCGCGCACACACACACACUCGUGCACAUGUGUUUAAAGAGCGUCCCGCGGAAGCACGCACUCACUGCAGCUCCGUCCCGCCGCGGGAUGGAUGAACCGGACGCGGCGCCUCAGCGGAACGGGUCCGCCGCGGGCGCGCGCAUGCACGGUUUGUUCACGGACGCGGACACCGGGCGGCUCACAGUCGCGCUGACUCUGUCGGACAGCUGCCUGACGGUCCGGAGGAUCGACUGCGCUUCACCGCCGGAGCACCUGGACCUGCGCGACUGUCUGGGGAGCCGCGCGCACCGGGGCGAAGCACAGGGUGCGCAGCUCUGCGUGUAUUUCUACCCGUACCGGCGCCGCUGGAUGGUCUCGGCCCCGGUGCGCCAAAGGGACGAGCGGCGCUUUCGACUCGGCACGGAGGAAAGCGAUGAGGACGCGAGCCUGCGCGAGGCGCAACGGUGGGCGCGCGCCAUCAACACCGCGCGGCGUCCGGAACACACGCACGGUGUGUUGUUCUCUGAGGUCCAUCGACCGUGUGGCGUGAUGGUAUUGGUCAAUCCUCAGAGUGGGCGGGGCCAAGCCAUGGCUCUCUAUAACAGCCACGUUCAGAGGAUGCUCACCGAGGCAGAUAUACCACACACACUCUUCAUCACAGAGCGUCAGAAUCACGCGCGGGAUCUGGUGCGGAGCGCUGACCUGACGCAGUGGGACGCUCUGCUCAUUCUGUCUGGAGACGGACUGCUGUUUGAGGUAGUGAACGGUCUAAUGGAGAGGCAGGAUUGGGAAAAGGCCAUCCAGACUCCUCUGGGAAUCCUGCCCGGAGGUUCAGGAAAUGCACUGGCUGCGUCUGUCCAUCACUACACACGCGCGUCUCCGGUGUGGGGUGAAGAUCUGCUCACCAGCUGUGGCUUCUUGCUGUGUAAGGGUCUGGUGUCUAACCUGGACCUGGUCUCCAUCCGUCUGUCGUCCGGUGCCCGUGUCUUCUCCUUCCUGUCUCUGGCCUGGGGCUUCGUGGCCGACGUGGACAUCGAGAGCGAGCAGUUCCGGCAGAUCGGAGCGCUGCGCUUCAUGCUCGGCACGCUUCUGCGCCUGGCCUCCUUACGGGUCUAUCAGGGAAAACUGGCCUUCCUGCCCGCCGAGAGCAAGAGCGGACCGGACUCCGCGAGCUCUCCCCCCGCCGACAGCCGGCUGCCCGACCACCUGCUCGCCCCGCUGGAGCAGCCCGUCCCGCGGGACUGGACGCUGGUGGAGGAGCGGGAGUUCGUCCUGGUGCUCGCCAUGUUCCAGUCGCACCUGAGCGAGGAUCUGCUGGCGGCUCCGGACGCACGCGCAGACGACGGGCUCAUCCACCUGUUCUACGUGACUGCGGGAAUCUCGCGCGCGGCGCUGCUGCGGCUGUUCCGGGCCAUGCAGAGCGGGACGCACCUGGACUGCGGCUGCGCACACCUGGUGUACCGGCGCGCGCGAGCGUUGAGGCUGGAGCCGCUGAGCGCGGCGGGCGUCAUGACGGUGGACGGGGAGUGCGUGGAGCACGGGCCCGUUCAAGCGCAGGUGCACAGAGGAGUGGCGCGCCUCAUCUCCGCGUGAACCAGCUACAACCGUUCAAGGGUCAGAUUAGAAUUAGAGCGCAAUUCCAUUCCAUUUACCAACAGUGCGCACUUUUAGGCGCUAAGUCUUCACUGUGCAUCCUGACAGACCUGUUUUAACGCCAAAAGACGGUUUACGCUGGCGGAAGCUGUUAGUAAAUCUGGCCCUUAAACGGGAAAUCCUUUACCUGAAGCAACCGCACAAUCCUGACUGGCUGCCGUUAAACUUGAAUUUAAUGUUCGUUCGUUUGUUUUAUUGAGGAAUUGUAAUUUUGAGUGAAUCUCACUAAACCAGGUGUCCCCCAAAAUUAAAAGGAAAAACGGGAAAUUAAAUGAUAUUCUUUGUGGGUUACAAGAUUGACUGUUUUUACAUUGACAUUGUGUCCCUGACAUAAGUGUGCAUAAUUUAAAUAUGCAAAAAAAAUAUUUCUUUUCUUAGAUUUUUUGGAAUGAAAUGUGAACUUGAGCCGGUUGAGAGUCAUCCCUCCUGAUGCUUGUUCAUCUGAAAACAUGUCUAGGUUGCAUUUCACCCCACAAAAAAAAGAAAAAAAGAAAAACAUAUUUUGCAUUAGAAAAAUGUAAUGUUUUUACAAGUUUACAUUAAUUUUCCUGACAGUUAAACAUAUUAAACUAAACUAU